AUGUCUUUUGAAUAUUCUCAGGAACUUGCUAAUGAUUAUGAAAAAUUAUUUGAAACUGAUGAAGGAUAUGAUGUUAUUAUUUACGCCGGUGACAAUGAAAAUGUAAAAGAAAUACAUGCGUUUUCAAAUAUUUUACGUAUUAGGUCUCAAUAUUUUCGUACGGUUUAUUUAUUGAAAUUACAAGGACUAGAUAUUCUAAAGCUUUUAUCAGCAGUGGAUGAAUUUAAAAUCCAAAGAUUAAUAAUUUGUAUUCAAGAAUAUUUGACCAAACAUCAACAUGAAUGUUUGCAAAAUAACCCUGUGGAAAUUCUUGAAACAGUUUACCAACGUGAAACUUUCACAGAUUUAUGGAAUUAUUAUGUUGAAAAAAUUUGUGACAAACCAGAUUGGUGUUUUUCUCAACAUCCUACUAUUCAACAAGAUGUUAAUAAAUGGAAUAAAGAAGAAAUUACAAUCAUGGAGAGAACUAUUUAUAGAUUUAUUCCGAAACAACAAUGUGUUUAUGAUUCUGUCAUCAUCUAUAACAAACAUUUUGAUAUUUUUUCUGGCUGGAUUGAAAAGAAAAUUCAGUUUUAUUAUAAUUUAAAGAAUAUUCCUUAUAAUUUCAAUUUACUUUAUCGUGCUAGUAGGGAUGGUAAUACAACUUCAGACUUUUAUACUAAAUGUGAUAAUAAAGGUGCUACUAUAGUUAUAGCAAAAAUUACAAAUUCGAAUCAAAUAGUUGGAGGAUAUAUUUCACUUCAUGCAAAAGUAGGAUAUAGUAAUGAUGUGUAUUCUGUACUUUGUCGUUGUGACUUUGGUCCAAUAUUUGGUUUGGGAGGUGAUUUAAUUUUUAAAAACAACAGAUGUUGUAGGGAUCGUAGCAGUUCUUAUCCUGAUGUAGAUAUACCGGUAUUAAGUGGCGGAAUUUUUAUUGUCAGAAGAAAUGUUUAAUUUGUUAUUACGAAUGGAAUAUUUAUUACGAAAUUUUUAUUUAUUCAUUAUUAAUAAUUGUUGAACUCUUUCCACUUUCUUUGUAUAUUCAUGACACGUUAUAAUAUAUUUAUUAUUGUAAAACGACUAAACAAUAUGACCAUUUAUUUUUUUAAUUCGAAAUU